CUCUACAGUUACGCCAAAAAUCAAAAGGUUUUUCUUUUUCUUACCCAUUUUGCCGCCAUUAAAGUGGUUUUCAAGCUCUGGAACUUUGAUUCUCUUCACUGAACAACAACUUUGUGUAAUAGAAAAUGAAACUGCUGCAGGAAAUACACUAGGAAAAUCUACCAACCAUGUGUGAGGAAAAGAAACACAGGAGCUCCGAUGCUGAAGCGCAUUCUCUUGCUGUUCAACGCUUGAAGCAGUGUCAAAGGCCUUUGUCUACUUCCAUUCUCGUUCUCUGCCUCUUUCUCUCGGUGGGCUACAAUGGGUUCCGUAUAUUCUAUGUAAAGCUUCCUUUUUUGGCUGACGCACAGGUGGGGGACUCCAAUAAGUCGCCGGAGAAUGCUGCCGGGGGAACGCAGGCAAAGACGAAAUGGUCGUCUUCUUCGGCGAAGCUUUCUUCUUCUUCUUUGUUGUAUGCAGUGAAAGAAGAGCAACCUCCGGUAAUCCGGAAGAUCCGUUUGCCCCCUUUGAAGAAAUUGGAGAGUUCGGACCUACCCGUCAAGGAUUCUUCCCUGAAUACGCCCAGAGGGGUCCCGAAAAGAGGUUCAGUGCUCAAGAUUCUGCGGCCCGGAAACAGGUCUAGAUGGUUUUCUGGGAGAGUGAAGGAGUUUUUCGGGGAUUCUUCGUGCAAAUUUCGGUUUUUCAUGACUUGGAUUUCUUCAUUGGAGUCGUUUGGUGAGAGGGAAUUUUUUACAGUAGAGAGUAUGUUUAAAUCACACCCAAACGCUUGUCUGGUUAUAGUUUCGAAUUCCUUGGAUUCUAGCGGGGGAACACAAUUGCUAAAUCCUUUUGGGGAAAAAGGAUUCCGAGUAAUCGCGGUUUCUCCUGAUUUUGAUUAUAUAUUCAAGAACACCAUGGGCGAAGUGUGGUUUAAUAGGUUGAAGAAACGGAAGAUUAAUCCUGGUGAAAUUUCACUGGGUCAAAACCUCUCCAAUUUGCUUAGACUUGCAUUAUUGUACAAAUUUGGUGGAAUUUACAUGGACACAGAUUUUGUAGUAUUGAAGAGUUUCUCAGGUCUGAGAAAUGUGAUAGGAGCACAGACCAUGGAUCUCGCAACCGGAAACUGGAGCCGGUUGAAUAACGCAGUGAUGAUCUUUGAUGAGCAGCACCCCCUUCUUCUGAAAUUCAUUGAAGAAUUCGCACUCACAUUCAAUGGGAACAAGUGGGGUCACAAUGGUCCUUACUUGGUUUCAAGGGUUGUUUCAAAGAUCAGUGGAAGAACCGGAUUCAAUUUCACAGUCUUGCCCCCUCCUGCAUUUUAUCCAGUUGACUGGAGUAAGAUUCCCAGUUUCUUCAAGGGGCCGAGGGAUAAGCCCCAUUCUAAGUGGUUGGCUGGAAAGCUCCUACAUGUUAGGAUGCAAAGCUUUGCAGUGCACCUGUGGAACAGACACAGUAAUAAUCUCAAGGUGGAAAAGGGUAGCAUCAUGGAUCAUCUGGUGUCGGAUUCUUGUGUCUUCUGCAAUUCAUCAGUGUCAGCUUUGUAAGUAUCAACAAGGAUGACAAUCAUAUAUCAUCUCAUUGUUGUCUUUUCUGCAAUUUUUCUUUCUUGUUUGUUUGUGGUUAUGGACCAACUCAGUUCAUUCCACCAUUACAGUCCUGAAGAAAAUUGUGAUAGAAAAUGAAAAAGAGAUUGUCUAUAAAAAUCUUCCUCUUGAUGGGAAAUUUUCAGUUUGA